GACCACUUCCCAGACGUAAGUGGUGUUUGAAACUCUUGGGAGAGUCCUUGCAAAUUCACACUACAAGAGAAGCAAGCUCUCAAUUCUACUGUAAAUCACAUACUCAUAUCUGCUUCUGGAACUCUCUUUUGCUGCUAAAUUCUCACCUUUUUUUUCCACUGUAAUUCUAACUUCAAAACCCACCAAAAUACAAUCUCAUUCUCACAGUUUCUACCCCCAAAAAACACAAAAAAAUGGCUGUUUCUCUCUCUAGCACCCCUCCCUUUUUGUGUGCUUCAUUUUCAUCAACUAAACAACUUUCAAAAUCUCCCAAAUUGACCUUUUUUAUUCAAUCUUCUUCCAAAAAUCACCACUUUCUCUCUCUAUCAUCCCUUCUCCCAUUUUCUCUCUCCUCUCCUCUUCUUCCCCAAAACGGCCAUGGUGGGCGUGACUUUAGUUACUGUUUUGCUUCACAAGAAGACUCUUCUAUCAUUAUGGAUGAGGAAACGGAAGACGAGGAAGAUGGGGAAACAGAAGAGACAGGUGCUAAUAAGGUGUGGGAGAGUGUCGAAACUCUUACUAGAUAUUAUAAGGAGGCUGUUUUAGCUGGGGAUUAUCAGACGAUUACUGAAAUAGAGACAGUAUUUUAUAGACUAGAAACCGAAAAGAAUGAUUUGGUUGAGAAGUUAGCAACAAUGAAAGAAGAGAUAACUUCUGGAAAGGAUAGACAUAUCCGUCUCCAAGCCGAUUUUGAUAACUUUAGAAAGAGAUCAGAGAAGGAAAGACUUUCGGUUCGAAGUGAUGCGCAGGGGGAAGUUAUUGAGAGUUUUCUUUCUAUGGUGGACAGUUUUGAGAGAGCAAAGCAACAGAUUAAACCAGAAACAGAUAGGGAGAAACAGAUUGAUACAAGCUAUCAGGGUAUAUACAAGCAGUUUGUAGAGAUCAUGAGGAGCUUGCGAGUAGCUUCCAUCGCAACAGUAGGGAAGCCUUUUGAUCCAUCUCUGCAUGAGGCCAUUGCUAGAGAAGAGUCUGAUGAGUUCAAGGAAGGCAUCAUAAUUCAAGAAUUUAGGCGUGGUUUUCUCCUUGGUGAUCGCCUUCUGAGACCUGCAACGGUGAAAGUUUCUUCUGGUCCUGGUAAAAAGAAAGAGAGUGCAGCUACCCAAACAUCCUCGGAGCAACCUGUUGCAGCUGCUACAGCCGAUGAACAUUGAUACAUAACGCAAUAUCCAUAUGAGGAAAUUUUGCUUUUUUUAGUACCAUAUUAUUUGAUGCAAGCCCACUGAUUUAUUGAUCGAUAAAAAGCUAAUAGGGAGGGCAACCAUUGUUAUGAUGCUUCAGUAGCUUUCUAUAAGCAGAGGUUUACAUGGAGAAAGAUUUGUUGUCUCAUGAAAAGAACCUAAAUGUAAUUUUUCGGAGGGUCAUUUUCCCAUUGCUGGUAUACUUCCAUAGAAAUAUACUGUUCUUUUUACACAAAAA